CAUAAAUGGCCGCCCAUCUUUUUCCGGAGAAGAACGCCUCAUCGCUCUGUCAUUGUCGGCUUUUUGGAUUUUAGGUUUCCAAUAAAAUUGUAAAAUGAAGAGAAGUGUUUUGACCUGAAGAAGUGCAAAUUUUUCUUCAACUACUUCCGUAAGUGUGAUCAUAAUCUGGGAGACGCUUGAACUAUCGAGGGAGUUGUGUUUUCUCUUACUUCAUGAAGUGUAACUUGGUGCUGUUAAUAAGUGUUAAAAUUGCUAAUAUUAUCAGUGGUGAGUUAAAUAAACUUUGAAGCGUCAUAAUGAACUCUUUCUCAUUAUAUGAUCAUUUAUCGUUGUCUACUUGUUCGAUGGAAGAACCACCCUAUAAAAUGAACUCUGCUUGUGAUCUUAGCACCCUUGUAAUCUGUUGAUUGUAGCCGAGUUUAGUUCAUGUGUUUCCUUCGUUUACUACCAAACUACUGGUGAUGCACCAAAAUCAGCCGUUCUCCCACCUCUUUACCCUCUGAGCUCAGAUCAUCUGAAUGGCUACCAAAUGCCAGUUUUUUCUGGCCAAAUCCUGCUCAAGUGUUCACACCGAUAUGUGUGGAAAACGUUCUUAACUUGGUGACGAAGUCAUCUCUGACGUUUGUUCAGAAUGUAUGAACUUGCCGAAUCUUUAAAGACUAUUUGCCUACUCACAAACGUCCCUUUUUUUGUUUGUUUAUCGUUUUUAUUGUUUCACCUUUUGAUAAUGAUUUCGUAGCACUUUGGGACUCUUUUAAAAUCUCCCUGAUUCUUGACCGGUCUUGAAAAUCUUGAACUCGUUCUCGUGUGGAUCUGAGCUCCAUUUGCUUUAACUUAAGAUCAUUAAUUCAGAAGGGAACGAAAAAGGAAGAAGUAGUUGUCAUACUAUGAUUUGGACUUAUUUCUCAACAUGAUAUGAAAACUUCAAGGUCCAAUGCCUUGAUUCGCGCCGGACCAGUCUCUUUUUUUGUUGAACGCGGUUUGUCUCGCAAGCAAAAUUUUCGUGUCCAUUAAUUUAACUUUCAGCUUGUUUUCUUUUACUACACUGUCCCCAUGCCCUGGAAACUGGCAGCUAAGAGGAAGACUCAAGUAAUUGGCACGGUCCAUCGAUUUAAGGUUGAAUCGUAGGUAUAUUGGGCUCCUUGCCGCUGUAAACAUCCCAGGUUUGACAGAUUCAUAUAACUCUUUAUGAUUAGACCGAGCUGCUCACUUCAUUCCACCUCUCAGCCACCAGUCUUCAAGGUGUCAAUUAUGAUACUCUAGGUUUGAAACUACUGAUGCUGCAAUGCAAUCCAUCUCUUUGAAACCAAACUCUGUUUUGUUGCUCAGAAUCUCUUCAAAUCUAAACUGAGUUUCCUCUCUCAGCUCCCACAGUAGUACAGCUCCUAUACGCAACGACUGAAGAAGCAGUUAUUUUUUUAACAUCCCAAGUUUUGCCCCCAGGAUUUUGGAUAAUGCUGCUCAACUAGCAACAAGCCAUCUGAAAGAAUUUUAUUUUUGACGUAAUAAAAUUUCUCGGACAAUCAUGGAUGAAUUAUCGGAUGCGGAUAAGGUGAGCGUAGAGCUAAAUGUAUCAACAGAUGAACUGAAGCUAGAGGAAGUUCCUGAAUAUGACACUCGAAGUGAAGCCGAGUCCAGCAGCUCCUCCUCAUCCUCUCAGAGUAUGAACUCAGUGAGCUCUCAAUCAUCAUCGGGUCGUCGUGAUCAUAAGUCGCGGAAAAAAUUCACCGGAGAAGCAGCUAUCUCCCCUGAAGAAAAACCAAAAAGAAAAUCGUAUGAUUACAUCACCAAAAUCAAUUAUCUGUUUAGAGAUGCACAGUUUUUCUUAAUUAAAAGUAACAAUCCUGAAAAUGUUGCCCUGUCAAAAGCUAAAGGUGUUUGGUCAACGUUACCGCAAAACGAAUCGAAAUUAAACCUAGCCUUCAAACAGGCACGAAAUGUCAUUUUAGUAUUCUCUGUGAAAGAGAGUGGAAAGUUCGCCGGCUUUGCACGUUUAGCCAGUGAAUCAUCUCAUGAUGGUCCACCGGUUCCUUGGGUUCUCCCGCCAGCACUACCAGCCAAAAUUUUAGGAGGAAUUUUCAAAAUCGACUGGAUCUGUAAAAGAGAAUUAUCUUUCAAUGCAACAUUGCACUUGUAUAAUGAGUGGAAUGAGCAUAAACCAGUGAAGAUUGGCAGGGAUGGUCAGGAAAUCGAACCUGAAUGUGCUGCAGAGCUGUGCAGAUUAUUUCCAGAAGAUGAAUCCAUUGAGCUAACUCCUAUUUUAAGAAAAUCUAAAGAAGCGAAAGAGGCUGGAAAAGUGAAUAGACCUCUCAGAGGUCGUAGCUCUUAUCGCACUGGUUUCCCACGUGUAAAUUCAAACAACCGUUUCCUCAAUCGAUUGGUCAGAGGUCGCGGGAGGGGAGGGCCAGUAAGAGGCAAUGGUCCUGGCCCUCGUAAAAUAUUUGUUGGUCCUCGUGAUCGUGUAAGUCCACGGAAUAGGAAGCCAGCAGGGCGUUCUGUUAGAGACAGAUUGUCCUGGGUGAAAAAUGGGCGUCAUACGCCACCUCCUUUUUCGAAUCCUGCUGAUGCUUAUGUUGCAGACUAUGUACGCAAUGUUUCUCACCCUUUAGCCCCCAUGCCUUAUGCUGCCCCUCCUGGGAUGUACCCACCUGCCACUUACGAAGGUAUGCCUCCUCCUCCACCUCCUCCACCCCGCUAUUAUGACGGCAUACCUCUACCUCCUGAAUAUUUAGCUUUAAAUCGUAGUAAUGGUCUUUCAGAUAAACAUUCUUAUGACAGAUCGGUUGAUGAGUUCCUGUGGCGUACUAGUGAGAGAGUGAGAUCCCGAGAAAGGUCUCAUGAGAGAUCUCGGGGUCGUUCAAGGUCAAGAGAGAGACUCCGCGAAAGGGAGCGUGAUCGAGAUAGAGAUCGGGACCGCGAUCGGGACCGUAGCCGACACCGUAGAGAACGUGACAGACGAGAACGGGAACGCUAUCACAGAGAUAGGCGUUGAAGAGAAUUGUUAUGAUUGUGAUCUCAUUAUUUUUUAUCUUAUUAAUCUUCAGAUUUGUUUAAGUUACACCACUUGCUCCUCUGUAUACUUUCAACCAAUCACGUGUAAAUUGUAUAGACUGGUGAAUCGUGGGGCUCUUCGUUUCACCCCCUCUUGUGUAUUAUGCUGCAAUCUUAGCAAAUAUUUUUUUGAAAAAUCAUUGUUGAGUGUGAAUUUGUUGUGAUAUAAUUUCACUCCUUUGUUAUGUGUCAAAUUUGCAUUUAUUUGAAGUAUGAAUUGGACAAUUUACAAAUUGUGGAACAAUCUUGCAAUAUUUUAGUGUAGGAGGAAAAAAGUUUUCGUCAAUAGCAAGAAGUAAUGGUUUUGAAUAUAAGUCAUGAUACUGAUCCUAAUGAUUUUUUGUUGUUGUAUUGAUCAAAUUUAUUUACCUACUGAAUUAUUUGAAAUGCAGGUAAACAGCUACUAUGACUUGGUCGAAAAGAGCCCUGAGUUACGGGUUGCAGCUGUUCUAUUCAAAGCGGUUUGAUUGUUUUGAGUGUAAUUGUAGUUAAGUUCGUUUCACGAAUAUAGUAAAAAAUGAGGAAAAUCUCAUGAAAGUUUCCUCUAGUAACUAACGUAACCUAUAUCGCAACAAGAUUUGAUCUCUAUUGUAACUUAGUAUCUGUAAGGUUCCUGUAAUAUUGACGUGUGCACUCUGAUAUUGUUUCACUCAAUUAGUUCUGAUGUUAAAUCUUCACUCUGUCUGAUCUCAGAGUUACGGGAAAGCUUGCAAGCAGGCUCUAGGAACGUAUAACAAAAUGAUAUACAUCAUGACCUUUUUGUCUCUUUAUUGUUAAAAAAGGAUCGCUCAAAACAGAGGAAAUAUAACUUUAUUUCCUUGUAGUGACUCAGACAAUCCAGUCAGAAAUUUUACUCAGAUUCACUGUUUCCUGUCCAGCUGAAAUCGGCACAUAGGCAACUAGUCAAACUAUUAGUCAGACUUACAGGUCACAUUUUCCUGGGCUGCUGCUUCGAAUUUCUGCUUUUGUUUUUAAGUUCUGUCAGUCAAGUCCCAUUAGUUGAAAUUUAAUACAGGAUUUAUUGUUAACCUUUUUCCUCUUUAAAAAAUGCCAGCGCCAAAAGAGGUUCCUGCCGUAUAAGGAGUUGAAUGCCAGAAAUUUCAGAAGCCACCCAGAUCAAAACCUGAUUCAUUGGGCUGCCAAACGAAGCUGUUCCAAGUUAUGUUAUCUUAGGUUUUUUAUACUUAAUAAAUUAUUUUGUCAAAAAGAUCAAUUGAAUAUGUUAUAGUAUAAGAAAUAUUGUAAAACACCAAAAUAUGCACUACCAUCUCUUAUUUUAUGGAUUUGAAUUUUGACUGAUCUGAAAAGGCUUUGAAUAAUUCUCCUUUUCAAAAAAAAAAAGUCAUUAAUGGUCAAAUCUUUGCAUCGGACUUUUUACUCUGUACUCGGCUAACAGUAAACAAAGCAAGUAGUUGCUUUGAAGUUUUUUCUGCCAAGUAGUUGAGAGGUAAAAUGAGAAAAAAAAGUUGAUGCAGACAUAUAAAUAAAAGAUAACUUCGUGUCUUUGGGUAUGCCUUUGGCUUCAUUGCACUGUGAUGUUUUUAAGUUUUCAGCUUUCUUGAAAUUCAGCAAAGCUUUAAACCAUGUCUCUGUUGUACUUAUCGAAAUUUAACCGUCCUCCAUCUUAAAGGGCUUCUGAAUUACAACCCUUACUUGAUCCUGCUCUCUCCCCAAAAUAAUGAAGGUUUAAAUAAGCUGAGGCUAAUAUCUUUCUGUAAACUGAAGAAUUCUCUUUCAAUUACCGUACUGUAAUGUCGACUGUAGGGACUAAAAUACAAUUAGGAGCCUCUUCUUUAAGAUCUUAUAAAAGUAAUUUACUUAUUCUUUAGAACCUUUCCUGUAGAAAAUAAGGAGGAACGAAUAUUACUUUCGAGGCUUCCUAAUGGUCAACUAUUUCCAGACUGUAAAAUCUGUAGUUUGAGAACUUCAUUCUUCCACAGCUAUUGAACAACGAUCAACUGGGGGCAACACAGAGUUUUGAAACUUUCUGCUGCUAAUGCCAAGUAAUUGAAGUGUUUCAACGUUAAGUUUAGAUUUUGGAAGAAUGGCCUUUUCAUUUAGUUUUAGGCUCUUGGAAAGUAUGCCUAGUAAUACCUGUAGGAUAUGCUGUGUGAAGUUGCAAACAAUUCGAUGGUGAAACUGUCAAACCAAGGAGCCAUUGAAGGGCUCGAUUUCUUUCAGGAAAAUUAAAAAAUUGUUGACUCACAUUAUCUCCUAUGGUAGAGACAUAACAAUUUCUCAAUAACAUAACAACAAGAUGCUCCUCAACACUGUGCAAGCAUCUUUGGAAAUGACUUUAUCCACCAAAAACUGUGCAAGAAAAACCGGGAAUCAAUUUUUGCAAAUUAGGGUCCAGCUCUUUAUUGCGAGAUAAGUAAAUUUAGAAUUGAGACUCUGAGCAGGGUUUUAUGUCAAAUUCCUAAUUUCAAUUUAAUGAAGGUGACACAUUAAGUCCUAAUAACAGUGAGCUGAAAUUCACUUAAAGAAAGUAGCUAUAAAUCUUAAAAAAUCUCUUAUUACAAUGUUGCAUUCUACUCCCAAUGGGUUAUUCAGGGAGCAUUCAUACAGGGCUCUGAUGGUUGUAGGAGUAACAAUAAUCGAAGCAAUGCUAUGAUUAAUCACCCAAUGAAUACUGGUUUUCUAUGCAGACUGUAGAUUCGCCCAGGGGUUAGCAUAAGGUACAAGUUUUGCAUAGUGGCAAUGAGAUAGAUGAAAUUAGAGGUACCUAUGUGUUUUGAUAACUUCCAACUUUUUUUUUACCAAAUUAUUUUGAUAACAGUUCUCAUACAUCUCUCCUACGUUGCUUAUUUAAAACUGACAAAAAUCAAGUUGCGUGGUUUGCAAGUUUCACCAUUGCAAGAUUUUAAAGACAUGUUUCAUUAUUAGAAGUUGUGAUUAUCGAAGAGAACACCUCUGCAUGAAAAAAAAAAUUCCUUUUUUCAAAAGCGGGCUGCAUAUCAAGAAACUGUGAACCGACUGUUACCGUUGAGUGUAUCUUUUCUCAUUGUUUUUCAAAUUUUUAUAUUUCACCCUUUCAUUUUCAUAAAAAAGGAAAAACCUGAGCGGUAUCCCUUCAUCAGUGUCACUGCAGCAAGUAUUUCACACGGACAGUUUGGUGCUUCUCUCCUUUAAAAGUUCAAAAUUGAAUUUUGAUUUUCUCUGUAAAUUAUCGGAUUUUGAUAAAUAUUUUUGUAUUUUUAUGUAGGCUGGAAUUAAAGAUGUCGUUUUCUGUAA